AUGUGGAAACGAAUUAAAGAAACCCAUUAUUUUUUGUUGUUUUCAACUGAUCAUGGGUAUGAAAUAUGCAUCACGGACAACGUUAACGUAUGGACCACCUUGUAUUCCCGAAGUGAAUUUCUAGCUAAAAUAAAGAGAAGUAAUGAAGGCCUUGAAUUGUCAGAUGAUAAUGAGUAUCUUCAAAAAGGAAUCCAUUUGGUGUCUAAUAUUGAUUACUUGAGGAAGUUUGAUAUAUCAAACAGGGAUAAUGGCAAAACUCUGUUUAUUUCACUGACUAUGUCAUUUGGAUUCCCUUUUUACUUUAAAUGUAAACUUACAAAGGGCUCAGAGAAACUUUUUUACCAUAAAGUCACCCGGCCGUUGCUGAAGUCAAUUUGCGAUUUGCGUGAAAGCCAGAGUGAGCUGCGUCGCUUGCUGAUAAAGAAGGAUACGGAAAUAGAAGAGUAUAAGGCAGAGUCGGGGGAAGUAGCCAGGUACCUGCAAACUGUACCAUUCAAUGAUGCUGAGCACAUGUUCAAGCAUAAAGUUUAUGAUGAAAACUUUAGUCUGUCUCCGAAGACCAUUACUGAAAAUGUCAAACAUCUGGAUAACACUAUCUUGAGGCAAAUGCAAAAUCAAAACCAAGCCAUAAUACAAGAGCCGGUGCCAAAUGUUAGACCUGAGGUAAAUGUUAGACCUGAAGUAAAUGUCAGACCUGAGGUAAACGCAAGACGUGAGGUGAAUGUCAGACCGGAGGUAAAUGCAAGACGUGAGGCGAAUGUCAGACCUGAGGUAAAUUCAAGACGUGAGGUGAAUGUUCGACCUGAGGUAAAUGCAAGACGUGAGGUGAAUGUUAGACCUGAGAUUAACGCAAGACCUGCCGCAAAUGUAAGACCGGAGCCACCGGUUGCUGUUAAACAGGAACCUGAUAUUAUCGAGCCAGACACUACGGUACACAUUGACCCAGUCCCAUAUAGGAAGAAUGGAAUAAAGUCUGAAGAUGAUGAGACAAGUGUGUCUAUCACUGCUUCUGUUAGCUACCAACCGGAGUUAAGGAGGGAGACUCUGCGGCCCCAUGUGCCACGGAAAAGAACAAAAUUCAACCUCUGA